UGUUAUCAUCGCCGCUAGAGCGAUAGCGGCGGCGCGACUAUCGUGAUCGCUUGUUAUAUCAACCCAGUCAUGUGGCCACCGGGCUGCAUUCCGCGACGAGACGUCAUGGAAUAAACCACGUUUGGUUGUGCUUACGCCUUUUCCUUCGUCUGCGGUUCCCCCCCCCCCCCCCCCCCGACGAAAACACGACAUUGGCGACGAGGAUGGGAUUCUGACCAAUUCUGCGGCAAACUGACAUGGCAAUGGAAGAUCCGGCAGCGGCGGGUGCAGUGACGCAAAUCGUGGGUCGACUGGGGCACAUCGAGCCCUUUGACGAGUCCGCAAGCGACUGGCCGUCGUACGAGGAACGCUUGUCGUCGUUUCUUCAGGUCAACCGUAUCCCCGAGGAUGACAAGAUUCGGAGUGCCGGAGACAGUGGUGUCCGACAAUGGACCACAACUGGUGUCCGAAGAGUUCAAGGCGUUUAUGCGGGACGUCGGGGCCAGACAUGUCGUGAGCGCCCCUUAUCACCCAAGCACAAAUGGUCUGGCAGAGCGUUUCGUGCAAACGUUGAAGUCUGCUCUACGCAAGUCGCCUCCCGGUGAGUCUGUCGAAGAAACACUUCACAACUUCUUAUUGGCGUACCGAAAUACGCCUCGCCCUACGACUGCUGAAGCUCCAGCCAACCUGUUAAUGGGUAGAAGAUUGCGCACCAGGCUAGAUGCAAUGAAGCCUACAGUGGAGGGGAAGGUGAUGCACAGUCAGUUCACCCAAAUGCAGGAGCGGAGGAGCAACAGAGACUGUUUUUGUGUUAAUGACAGUGUUCUAGUUCGCAAUUACAGAGGCUCGACGAAGUGGGUUCGUGGAACCGUUCUGAAGAGGACUGGACCAGUCUCUUACAAAGUCAUGGUAACCACCCCCCGAGGCAAGUUCAUCUGGGGUCGACAUCUCGACCAGCUGCUGGCUGGCGCAGGCCCUAAGGUGACACCAAGGGCAUCCGACUCAGACUUCACGGAGGGGUUCCUGGCCUUCCCUCAAAGCCACACUGGUGACCAGCCAACGUUAGAAGAGCCGGUGCCCGUGGAGUCUGUCCCUCCAGCGCCCGCUCCUCCAUCAGAGACACCAGCUCCGCAAAGGCGCUACCCGUCAAGACAACGCCGUCCACCCGAGCGAUACGAAGCCCGUUCUUUAACUAUUGUAUAAGGAUACAAGUGCACACUCUAAAAUAAAAGGGAGGUGUGUUGUGUUAUCAUCGCCGCUAGAGCGAUAGCGGCGGCGCGACUAUCGUGAUCGCUUGUUAUAUCAACCCAGUCAUGUGGCCACCGGGCUGCAUUCCGCGACGAGACGUCAUGGAAUAAACCACGUUUGGUUGUGCUUA